AUUACACCUUCUCAUGUGUUGUGUUGAGUGGAAAAUCGUGAGAGGGGUCAAAGGACGUCAUAUUUAUCAUUCAGAAACUAGUGAUAAAUAGGGAAAGACGCCGCCAAGGUCUCAGAGGACAAAUAUUUUGAGAAAGGGGCACACAACAACUAUAAAAUGUCGGAACCAAUUCGUGUCGUCGUCACUGGAGCCGCUGGCCAAAUUGCGUACUCCCUUCUGUAUAUGAUUGCUAAAGGUGAUGUCUUUGGCCCCAAUCAGCCCCUCAUUCUACAUCUCCUCGACAUUCCACCCAUGAUGGGCGUUUUGGAGGGUGUAGUCAUGGAGCUCGAUGACUGCGCACUCCCCUUAUUGAGACAAGUAGUUCCCACAGCCGACCCAAUUGUAGCUUUCAAGGAUGUUGUUGCGGCCUUUUUGGUUGGUGCCAUGCCUCGCAAGCAAGGGAUGGAACGUAAAGAUCUUCUCGCCGCAAAUGUGAAGAUUUUCAAAGAACAGGGUGAAGCCCUCGAUAAAUACGCAAACAAAGACGUCAAAGUUUUGGUAGUUGGAAACCCAGCCAACACCAACGCUCUUAUUUGUUCUCAAUUUGCGCCAUCUAUUCCAAAAGAGAACUUCACUGCAAUGACUCGUUUGGACCAAAACCGGGCACAAGCACAAAUUGCUGGCAAACUGAAUCUACCCGUGGCCAAUAUCAGUAACAUAAUUAUUUGGGGAAACCACUCCUCAACUCAGUUCCCUGACGCUUCCCAUGGAAAAGUGCGGGUGAAUGAAGGCAAAGAUCUCUCCGUGAGGGAAGCUAUAAGUGAUGAUGCUUGGCUGAGAUCAGUUUUUGUCGAAACUGUGCAAAAACGUGGAGCCUCUGUUAUCAAUGCUAGAAAGAUGUCUUCUGCAAUGUCAGCUGCCAAAGCUGCAUCUGAUCAUAUGAGAGAUUGGUUUAAUGGGACAUCAUCUGGAAAAUUUGUUUCUAUGGGGGUGGUAAGCGAUGGUAGCUAUGGAACGCCAAAAGACGUUGUCUUUUCUUUCCCUGUCACAAUCAGUAAUAAGAAAUGGGAGAUUGUAAAGGAUCUACCCACUGAUGACUUUGCCAAAAAAAUGUUGGAAACCACUGGAAAAGAAUUGGAAGAAGAGCGAGCUGAGGCGCUCACUAUUAUUGGUGCAUGACUCGUAAACAAGCUUUAAUUUGUCAAACUAGACUGGGAUUUCAGUUAUUAUGCUAAAUAGGUUAGGAUUUUUGACUGAAAUCCCAUGUAGGUUCAUUUGUAAAAAAAAGCCAAAAUUUUAUUUUUAUACAGUGCUUCUACACCCCCUGUACACUAUAAUCAUUUUAAUUUAUUUACUGACUGUUUUACUGCUGCUAGUUUGAUUUAUUAAAGCUUUUGUUUUUUUUUAAUUGGCGUCGGCCGAUUUUUGUGUAUGUGUAGUAGGUAAAUUGUGGCAUGGUAUAAGUAUACUACAGCGAUUCCUUAGUGUUAUUAAAUAAACUUGUUGAAUAGAAAAUAA